CGCCCGCCUUGUCCGUGGGCCGUCGGUCGGUCGGUGCGUGAGGCGUCCGCCUGGCCUCCGGAGGGAUGGAGUGAGGAGCCCGGGAAUCUCCCUCAGACGCCGCCGCCGCCGCCGCCUCCGGGGUCCCAUGAGGGCCCCACAGAGACCAUGGGCUCCCGCGUCAAGCAAAACCCAGAGACGACAUUUGAAGUCUACGCUGAAGUGACCUAUCCAGUGACAGCAGACACAGAUCCUGAGGUGCGGAGGCAAUUCCCAGAGGACUACAGUGACCAGGAAAUUCUACAGACUCUGACCAAGUUCUGCUUCCCCUUCUAUGUAGACAGCAUCACAGUUGGCCAAGUUGGCCAGAACUUCACUUUUGUGCUCACAGAUAUUGACAGCAAGCAGCGGUUUGGGUUCUGCCGCUUAUCUUCUGGGGCCAAGACCUGCUUCUGCAUCUUAAGUUACCUCCCUUGGUUUGAAGUCUUUUAUAAGCUGCUCAACAUCUUGGCUGACUAUACAGCAAAAGGACAGGACAGUCAAUGGUAUGAACUUUUAGAAACGCUUUAUAAACUGCCCAUCCCUGAGCCUGCCACUUCUGUUCAUCUCAGCGUGCACUCUUACUUUACUGUGCCUGACAUCAGAGAACUUCCCAGUAUACCUGAAAAUAGAAAUCUGACUGAGUAUUUUGUAGCUGUCGAUGUGAACAACAUGCUGCACCUGUAUGCCAGUAUGCUGUAUGAACGCCGCAUCCUCAUUUGCUGCAGUAAGCUGAGCACUUUAACCGCCUGUAUCCAUGGCUCUGCAGCUAUGCUUUACCCAAUGUUUUGGCAACAUGUUUACAUCCCUGUUCUGCCCCCACACCUCUUGGACUACUGCUGUGCUCCAAUGCCCUACCUCAUAGGAAUACAUUUAAGUCUGAUGGAGAAAGUUAGAAAUAUGGCCCUGGAAGAUGUGGUCAUCCUGAAUGUUGACACUAACACACUGGAAACACCUUUUGAUGAUCUUCAGAGCCUUCCAAAUGAUAUAGUGUCCGCACUGAAGAGCAGGUUGAAGAAAGUCUCCAUGACCACAGGAGACGGUGUGGCAAGAGCGUUUCUGAAGGCCCAAGCUGCGUUCUUUGGGAGCUACAGAAGCGCAUUGAAGAUUGAGCCUGGGGAGCCCAUCACGUUCUGUGAAGAAACAUUUGUCUCCCACCGAUCUGCCACCAUGCGACAGUUCCUGCAGAAUGCCAUCCAGCUGCAGCUCUUCAAGCAGUUUAUUGAUGGCCGCCUUGAUCUUCUCAACUCUGGAGAAGGCUUCAGCGAUGUCUUCGAGGAAGAGAUCAACAUGAGUGAAUAUGCUGGAAGUGACAAGCUGUACCACCAGUGGCUGUCAACAGUUAGGAAAGGAAGUGGUGCCAUUUUGAAUACGGUCAAGACCAAGGCAAACCCUGCCAUGAAGACUGUUUACAAGUUUGCAAAAGAUCAUGCAAAAAUGGGAAUAAAGGAGGUGAAAAACCGCUUGAAGCAAAAGGACAUUGCUGAGAAUGGCUGUGCCACGGUGGCAGAAGACCCGUUGCCACGGACAGCCCCUUCCCCGCUGGAUGACAAGAGAGAUCCUAAGCUCCGGGAGGACAGGCGACCGAUCACUGUGCACUUUGGACAGCAAAGCACCCGACCGGAAAGACCACCUCCACCCAAGAUCCACCGCACCUCCAGGCCCGUCCGGCCUCCCAGACCUCAUGUGGCCAGGAGGCCCAAGAGCAACGUUGCCAGCGAUGGGCAAAGGACAUCCGUUUCCAGUCCAGAGCACUUGGUAAAGCCCACCCGCCACUAUACGGUCUUUCUCUCGGAGGACUCUUCCGGCGAUGAGUUUCCUCAGGAAGACGACCCUGGCUCUGCCUUCUCUGACAGUUUCCUCUUCUCUGCUCCCUUUGAAUGGCCCCAGCCUUACCGUACGCUGAAGGGGUCCGACAGUGCCGACGGAGAGGAAGGUACCCAGAGGCCCCAAGGCUCAGCCCAUGCUGACCCCCCUACACCAGACAGCCCUGCUGAAAUCAGCCUCUUGGAGAGCAUUUUUACAGGCCUGGAUGUAGAACCACAGCCCCAGUCACUCAGCCAAGCCAAGAGCUUGGAAGACCUGAGGAUUCCUAAGGAGGAGGUGGAUCAGCACUCAACCUUUGACUACCAGAGAAUGGAUCCUAGCAUCUCUGAAAAAAGCUGGGCUGCCCCAGGGAUGAGACCUCCCCACCCCUACAAGCAGCUGUGGGGUUUGGGCCAUGACGAUAUGGCCAUUCCCACCAAGUACACCCAAAGCUCCCCGGAGAGGCCCUUUGCUGCUCUGGGGAAUGCACCCUCGGUCCCACGGAGACCUCGGAGUAGAGACAGCAUCCUGGACCAGGCCGAGAAGGACAUUGGCAGCACCCCUUCCCCUCAGGGAAGCAUUACGAUCCCACGACCGCAGGGCAGGAAAACGCCGGAGCUGGGCAUCGUCCCUCCACCACCAGCACCCAGACCUUCCAAGCAGCUGGUGGUGCCAGAUGUGGCGGCCUCUCUCUCGGGACACAAUGACCUGGCCUCGGAGCUCAUGCAGGAGACUUUUGCAGCCAGAAGUGUCCCUCUUGACCCCGAAUUCAAGCAGCCUGCUGGCUUUGCUGCUCACCAUCCUCAGUUUUUAGCCAACGUGGGCAGUGCAACAGAAAUGCUCCAGCCGGUCAAAGUCAACGUGGAGGCUGCAAGCAGCGACAGUGACUUCCUCCUUGCCCUCCUGGAUCCGUUGAAAGGAGGGAGCUGUCCGGAUGCUAGUUUCCAGCCAAGUUCAAGAAGCCUCCUGGGGUCAGUGUCUCCCAGCCCUGUGACGGCAGGUGACCUUGUGGCCCCGACGUCUGCGCCAUUUGGCCAGCACCUGGGAUACCCUCUUCCCACAACUCCCUUGGCCCAGGCCUCUCUCAACCCCUUUGUGCAGGCAGUGCCAGCACCCCUGCCCUUGUCCUUGGUCAGGCCCCCUGGUAGUCCUUUUGCCCCCUCCUUGGGCCAUGCUUACAGCUCCAGUUUCAUCACUUCCAAUUCUACCUUCUACCAGCCCCAGCGGCCUCCUCCAAACCCUCUGACUCUCUCCAUGCCCAACCUCUUUGCCCAGUCUCCAUUAGCACCACCUUCUUCUCAAAGCGGUGGCCCGCCGCCUGCACAGCUUCCCGGCCCUUCUAAAAUCCAGACCUUGCCCCUGGCUCACUCUGCCUCCAAGACUGAGGCCAAGGCCAGGCUGGCUGCACGACCCAUUGAUCUCCCCCUGCCUCCCCCCAAGGCCAGGGCAACAGAACCAGUGCUGCACCCUUCCAAGCCUCAGGCCAAACCCCAGAUGAAGGACCCCUUUGAAGACUUGCUAAAGAAGACAAAGCAGGAGGUUUCAGUCACACCGGGGAAAGUAGAACAGCUGAGAAGGCAGUGGGAGACCUUUGAGUGACUCACCUGGUGGAUGGCCGUCAGAAUUCCCUCCUAGGUUGCGUGUUGAGCCAAGGCAAAGCCUCCAUAUUCCAUGGCAGCGGAAGGGUUUGCCAGCCAGGAGCUGUUGGCACAGUAUCCGCAUUAAGAGCAUAUCCCAGUCUAAUCCAUACUGGUUCCCUUUCCAUAGUAGCCCAUCAACUCUUAGGCCUACCCAGUAGCCAAAAAGAUGGUUUGGACACUGAGGCAUAAGGCAUUUUCCCUACACUUACAGAUUUCCCCUAAAGGGAACGACUGAAUUGGAGAGUGCCCAGUUACUCCUCUUUUUAAUUCUGCCAUCGCCACCUACUUUCCCACCCCAAUCCCUUUCCGAGGUGAGGACUCACUUCUUCACCAGCAGGAUCAGUAUUGAAUUUAAAUGUCUUUCUCUUGUGUUUUCACAGGCUGCGAAUUACGUUUUUGCUUUCUCAUAGAAAUGCUGCACACAGGCCCUGCCGCUGGGCUAAGUUAAUCACUGGGCUUUUGAACUUAAAUCUUUUUGUUAUAUAGCUUCUUGUGUCACGCAGGUGGGUGAUUGAUUUUACUGGAGAGGCAAUUCUUUUCAGCUCCCUCCUUGCUCCUUCCCUCCAAACUUUGCACAAAACAGGGGAGCUCUCUUCUUAAGGAAACCCAAUCAUGUCCCAGGUUCAGGAUUCAACCUGGAGCUCCACAGACAGGGCAAAGUGUCCUUUCAUAUCAGAGAUGGAGGGCCCUUUUUAAGAGCCAAACUCACAUUGCCCUUCUCAUGGUUCCCUUCACUCUUCUAUAACAGUAUUAAUAUCAUCUUUCAUUCACACACACACACACAUACACACGUAUGUAUAUAUGGAUAGGGUAAUAGUUCACAGUACAAGAACUAGAUGAAAUAGUAUACUAUUUUAUUACCAAAAAAGAGAGAGGACCAAGGUGUUAAGCAGCCUUCUCCAUCUGGUGCCCUCACCGCACACACAGGCCCAUUGGCAAUGAUGGAUAUUAGUAGUCUGAGAUCUAGAGGGUACCAAGCUAAGAGACACUGAGAUAAAGAGUUUCUAAAAGUGGUGAGAUGUAUCAAUGUCAGGCUGGCAGAAUGGUAAAAGCACAGGGCAUGGAGACAGGGAGUUUUAAGUCUGGUAUGGACUGAAGGCCUUUGGUAUUUACCUCUUAAGAGUUUAAAGAAGCCACCCUGAAAAACCCUUCCUUCUGCUCAAAGCAGGGGUGAUCUGGCCAGGCAGCACUGGAGGGGCAGAGAGGAUCCAUGAAACAAAAUAAAUCAUUCCAUGAAAGCCUCAAAAUGAUGCAAGGGUUUGCCUCUCGCUUUCUAUAGCCCUGGGAAUAUUGUAAGCCAACCACUUAUUUUAUUUGGUCACUCAAGGUUGGGGGAUUGUAAACGUUGGCCAGGAUUUCUUUUUAAAUUGCUGUUGGGCAGCAAUUGGGCUCAUCACAGGUCUGCACCCUCCAGAAGACGACAUCCCUCUGCCCCCUCCCAGGAAGCUGCUACCUCUUUGUCUUUCCAGGGCGGGCAUUUUGUUUUUGCUUCUGUGACUUUGACGUUUUCUUCCUGCUGCUGAUGCGUUCUUUCGGCCUCCUCCGUCUCCAUGCUUGAGCUUGUACAGUGCAAGAACACAGUUGGUUUUCCUCUGGAUGCUGACUGUCAGGGGGCACCUCUUGGCAUUGCAUUCGCAUCAUCACACUACUGUCAAGUACUGUUUGCAUUUACAAGGCAUUCUCUCUGUUUUGUAUUAUCUCUUUUUUGCUGGGAAAAAAAGAUGUUUUUUGAUAUUGCCUAGUUCUGAAUAGUAAAAUAUUUAAAGUCCA